AGGAUUCUCAUCUAAAGGGUUCCCUCAUUCAUCUUUUACCCUCUUGGCCUCCGCCACCGGCGAGAAGAAGCAAAACCCAAAAGGGAUGUUAAGUUCUUCCAUCCGCACAUUGCGGAGGUUAAAGUGUUGUUGUAAUAAGUCGUCGUCUUUGCUGUUGUCGUUGACAAAAGAUUGUUGUGUCAAUAAUCCCAAAGCCCCUCCUUGCAACACUGAAAGCAGCAGUUUUAGCAAAUUUUGUUUUGGUGAGAGACGACAGAGCAGCCUUCAGCGGUGGCAUGUGGUUAAUAGCAGACGCUCUCUUCAUACAGAAACCGAUGCAUAUUUGGCAACAGAGCUGGCAUUGGACUCUGUGGUCAAGAUCUUCACGGUUAGCAGCAGCCCCAACUAUUUCCUCCCAUGGCAGAAUAAGUCACAACGCGAAACCAUGGGCUCAGGAUUUGUUAUUCCGGGAAAAAAGAUUCUCACAAAUGCUCAUGUGGUGGCUGAUCAUACAUUUGUUCUUGUUAGAAAACAUGGCUCCCCCACUAAAUAUAGAGCGGAGGUUCAAGCUGUGGGUCAUGAAUGUGACUUAGCCAUUCUUGUUGUUGAAAGCCAAGAGUUCUGGGAGGGUAUGAAUUUCUUGGAGUUUGGAGAUAUUCCAUUUCUGCAAGAAGCUGUUUCUGUUGUUGGAUAUCCUCAAGGAGGGGACAACAUUUCUGUUACUAAAGGGGUUGUUUCUAGAGUUGAGCCUACACAGUAUGUACAUGGUGCUACCCAGCUGAUGGCGAUACAGAUAGAUGCAGCUAUAAACCCAGGGAAUAGUGGAGGCCCAGCAAUUAUGGGAAAUAAAGUCGCUGGUGUAGCUUUCCAAAACCUUUCAGGUGCUGAGAAUAUUGGCUAUAUAAUUCCUGUUCCUGUAAUAAAGCAUUUUAUAGCUGGUAUAGAGGAAAGAGGAAAAUAUAUGGGAUUCUGCUCUAUGGGUCUCUCAUGCCAGCCUACAGAAAAUGUCCAACUUCGUAACUACUUAAAAAUGCAACAUCAGAUGACUGGUGUUCUUGUGAGCAAAAUUAAUCCUUUGUCUGAUGCGCACAGAGUCCUAAAAAAGGAUGAUAUCCUCCUUGAAUUUGAUGGUGUGCCAAUAGCAAAUGAUGGAACUAUUCCUUUCCGAAACAGGGAGCGGAUAACAUUUGAUCAUUUGGUGUCUAUGAAGAAACCCAAUGAAGUUGCUCGGGUUAAAGUCUUGAGAAAUGGAGAAGAGCAUGCAUUCACCAUCACCGUUCAACCUUUGCAGCCGCUGGUUCCAGUUCAUCAGUUUGAUAAACUUCCUAGUUAUUACAUUUUUGCUGGUCUGGUCUUUGUUCCACUAACCCAGCCAUACCUACAUGAGCAUGGGGAAGACUGGUAUAAUACUUCACCCCGUCGACUCUGUGAACGUGCUCUAAGGGAGCUGCCUAAAAAAGCCGGGGAGCAACUUGUAAUCUUGUCUCAGGUUUUGAUGGAUGAUGUCAAUGCAGGCUAUGAGCGUCUUGCAGAAUUACAGCUUGCCUCUGUGUGUGCUUGUGAUUUUUUGGGGGGAGGAGGGGUGGGGAUGGAUGGGACCAGGUGGCUAACAAAGCAUUAUUGGAGGGCUAUCCAGCCUGUAGCAACCCUCAUUUCUUGCAGUUAAAGGAGCCAGCUAUCUUAUCAGAAGCAUUUUAGCAACUAGGCUAUUAAUGUUCAUUCACGAAAUGUUGCUAUGCAUCAUAUGAAUCGGAAAAUCACAAGGCAAAAUGCUGUUGCUCUUAUAAAUUUCAUGUCAGGUCAGACAGUUAUAAUUAAAAAUUGUAUAACUGUUUGCAUUCAGAGCAAAAUAUUUGACUAAAUCAAGCCCAACUCAUGUAUAAAACAGCUAGGAGAUUAGAGUUAUAGCAAUGUUCAAAUUUCAAUUUUUGAGGAAGGAAAAAAAUUGAACAAAGAGAAAAGAUCCUUACGCUUCACUUCUAGUGCUCCGUGAUUGCAUAAAAAAGCCCUUGAAUCAGUUCAUUUGCAUUGUGCAUCAAUUCUGAUGCUGGGCAAAUACUGGUUGGAAAUUCAGGAUCAGAUGUCUGUUUGCAUAGCAAUUUGUUAGUUACGGAUGAUAAAUGCAAUCAUGGUUGUUAGUUCAUCCUCUUAACUUAAUGGUUGCACUAAUGCCAUUAUGAUUUUGCUCUCUAAAACUGGAGUAUGUAAUUAUGUAUUCAUUCUUAUAGUAUAUAUUCAUGGUUAAUUGUCUUCUGAGCAAAAAAUUAAACUA